AUGUCAGUACAAUUACAAUUUAAGCGUAAUUUUAUUCUACCACUAAUCCUCACAAGUAGUGUAACCAGAAUUCUAUUCAGUGAAUCAAAUGUACUUGCAAACAAAAUAGAGUCUGGGUUACACUAUCUUGAUCCAAAUAAAAAAAUGACUAGAGAAUUAGAAAAGAACAAUCAACCAUUUAAAAGAAGAACACCAGAUUACCCAGGACAUGUACCAUUAUAUAAUCAUGAAAAACUUUUAAUGUUUUUAGGCUCAUCAAUUGGUUCAUUUUUCCAUCCUGAAAGAAAUGAAUUUAUUGUUGCAUUAGGUGAAUCAACUGCUAUUAAACCAAUACUUAAAAAUUUACAAUCUACAAUGUUAUCAAAUGCAAUUGGACGUCAAAUAUUACGUGAAAAACCAAGAAUAACAUCUACAUCUUUAAAUUUAGACUAUUUACGAUCACUUCCAGAUAAUACAAUUGGUAAAAGUUAUAUAAAUUGGCUUGAUCGAGAAGGUGUUAGUCCCGAUACUAGAGUUGCUGUUAAAUAUAUAGAUAAUGAAGAAUUGGCAUAUAUUUUUCAAAGAUAUAGAGAAUGUCAUGAUUUUUAUCACGCUAUAACUGGAUUACCAAUUAUAAUAGAAGGUGAAAUUGCUGUUAAAGUAUUUGAAUUUAUGAAUAUUGGUAUUCCAAUGAGUGGAUUAGGUGCUUUAUUUGCUCCAUUAAGAUUGAAAAAAUCACAAAGACGCAGAUUAAGAGAAAUAUAUUAUCCUUGGGCAUUACAAAGUGGAUUAAAUUCAAAACCGUUGAUAAAUGUAUAUUGGGAAAAGAUACUAGAAAAAGAUGUUGAUGAAUUUAGAAAAGAAAUGCAUAUUGAGCAGCCACCAGAUUUAAGAAACAUGAGAAAGGAAUAUUUCGAAAUGAAAAGAAGGGAAAAGGAAGGUAUGAAAUUAUAA